AUGAUUUACAAUUGGUCAGCUGAUACAAUAUUCCCAUAUUCAUUUUUCGACGAGGUCGCAUACAUAGAGGUCUCUAGAAACCUAUCAUACCUCUUUAAUAAGAACUAUGACAUGUUAAGAAUAAGAGCAGAAAAGAAAAAAGAGACACUUCUUUUAAAAGAAGAGUUAUUUAGAUUGGUAUGGAAUAAUGUGGUGCUUAGAAGAUUGAUAUGUGCAAAGAUACAAGAAUGUGUGUUGGUGUUGGUACCCGAGACGAUACGUUUGGAGUUGUUUGGUAGCAAGUCGAGACACUUGGCAAUGAUCAAAGAGUACAAACGCGACCCCAAGAGACACUAUGAACUCAACGGUAGCUUCUACUUGUACACUUGUCCGUUACUGACACCUCGCAUAUUCAAGUAUUACUAUGAAUACGUGAUGCAGAGGAAAAAGAGGCCGACAGACUUUGACUUGAUACUCGACAAGAUAUCAUUAUCCCCAAGGAAUCUGGUUGACUGUUGGUUGUUUAAAACCACAUAUGAAUUGUUAAAGAGUAAAGGUGUACCACUCGACAAGAUGGCGUCAACGUCUACAUGGGCAAACAUAGUACGUACAAAUAAUGUAGAGCUGUACAACUUUGUAAAGACGGUGUUACCACUGCCAAAACGAGUCGACGAUUUAAAAGCUUUGGUGAGUGUGGCUGCUAUGACACCUGAAACCAAGCUAUCGUAUUAUGAAAGGUUAAUGCCGAUCUCUCAAGACACUAAAUUACUCGCUACACUAUUGGACGACCUCAUUGAACACGAUCCGUGUGAAAGGUACCUCGAACAAGUAGAUUACGGUACAUUGGUGUGUACUGGAAAUAUGGGUAUACUCCAGACACUUGCCGAGCACGCAGGCGACUAUAUACGACGAACUAUCACGAGUGGAGGGUCUAGUAUUGGUGGAGGACGUGCCGAACGUCGUCGACACCGUCACACACACCUAACAAAGGAAAUGAUGUUGCUAGCUAUGCGUAGCAAGCAAAUCAACUCUGUUAGAUACCUCCACCACGAAAUGGAGAUGCCAAUCGAGACUGACGCACUCGUCGAAGCUGCUCGUUCCUGUGACCUCCCCUUUGUCAUUGAUGUUAACAUUUGGACCUAUCAACAACAACAACAUCAUCAUCAUCAUCCUUCCCUAUCAAUCAAUCAAUCAAUCAAUCAUAUAUCACAAUAUUUUACUACUACUAUGUAA